GAAACUUGCGCGCAUAAAAUAUCAACUAUCAACAACCUUUUUAGGUUGCAUCAAUGCAACUCAUUGAUGCCUGUGUAUAUUCCACAUUUUUUUAAUGUUAUAUAUUGCAAUUAAGUAAUCAUUAAAAAAUAAAUUAUUAAGAAUUUAUCUAAAGCGUCGUAAUAAUCUUGACUUGGUUGUGAAAAUGUAAAUCACAUCGAAGAUUCAAGAAUUUCGAAGAUCGAGAAAUUUGACGUAGAAUAAAACAUUAAAACGGGCAAUUGGUUACGACACAGUCGGUGAGUGAAGAAUAGCAGUUCCAGCGAAAAUGAUGAGAUGCAGACAGAAAGUAAUGAAAUAUAAGAAUGUUCUGAUCUGGACGUGAUUUCGCGACCGGGGAGAUUAUGAGAUGCAGUAGUGUACAGAAGAAAUUUUUGUUAGUCUUUAGAGACAAUAUAUGAGAUUAAUAAUAUAACCGUCGACAAUAUGAGGAAGUAUUACCAAGCUGCUUUAGCUGUUACAGCGGUGGUAAGCCUCGUAUCUUUGCUCAUCUACAGGCACGAGUACAACAAGCUCAGGUACGUCUUGGAAGUUUUCAAUUACUUCGGCAAGCCCGGGCCGAGGAGAGCGGAUGCGAAUUGUAUGAACUUUAGUACGACCUUCACGUCGUUCAACGCGAGAUUCGACGAGCCGAUUCCCUCCUGGCAACGCCUGGAGGACGAUCUGUACGUAUAUUCCGCGUACGGCGUCAACGACAGGGAGAUACGAGCUGUCGGACUUGGGACCAUAAACAGCGUCUCGAAUAUGCAGUGUCUCGUCUUCUUCGAGAACGAGAGCAAGCCCAUACUGGGGAGCUUCAAAUUCCUUCCCAUCGGCAACGCGGUUACCUCGAGUCUAGGUGAGAAUUCGAGAUACGGGGGAUACCAUUUCGUUUGUACGUACACGAGCGACGAGACUCCCACCGGGAUAACGUUUGUUACAAAGUCCAACAAGUAUCUCAAUUACGCACCCAUCUUUCCCAUAAAGAUACAGCCGCGGAGCUUGAGCCACAGCAGAGUGGGAGUGUGCGUGACGCAGCCGUCGAUGAAGCCGACAAGAUCGGUAGAUAUGAUUGCCUUCAUCAGCUUCCACGCGUUGAUCGGGAUGGAUAAUUUUAUCGUGUACGAUUCCGGGAUCUCGAAUGAAUUUAACAGCAGACUGAAGGACAUGGCGAACGAUCCAACCUCCUUCUGGAAGUUCACGUAUACCGUCGUACCGUGGAACUUCCCUUUCACGGAGAUCGACCAAAAUGUCAUAAGAGAAAUCAUCGAGACGGAUUGCUUGUACCGUACAUUCAAUAACGUCGCUUACGUUAUUGCUCUCUCGUGGAACGAGUACGUAAAUUUGAAGUAUCAUCAUGCGAUGAUCGAUCUGUUGGCGGAUUUCAAGCAAACCAAAUUGACGGCCGAUCGCUACAAGCUGAAAACCAUGACUUUUUGCACGCAGCAAGCUGACAAUAAACAAUAUGCCAAUUCUACCCUGACAGUAUUGAAGAAGACGAAAACCGACGUGAACACUCUGGAAAGUCGUUCCAUUUAUAUACACAAGCCGUACAUAACGUUGCAGACGUCUCACGUGUACGUCAAGGAGAUAGGAAAGGAUUUGAUUGCUGUGAAUCAAUAUAAGCAUUGUGAUAAUUACAAGGAGAGUAAAGAGGUGGAAGAUCUCACAAUUUUGAAGUUUGCCCAGGAUAUACAAAACUCAUCGAUCCUUAGGAAAUAUCUUGGACUUUACGUGCUUGACGCGGAUACAAAGUGAUAUUAGAGUCUUGCGUGAUUUAAUAUUAAAUUGAUAUUUGCACAAGCUUGGAUAAUGCUCUACUCGCAUACCGUUUGAUUCAUAUACAUAUAGGUACUUCGUAAUUAUGCCGUCUUUCAUACUAGGUGCCUUAAUCUCAUCAUGUUAUACAACUAGUCAUGACAUGAUCAGCUAUUUUAAUAUUUUGUAUACAUUUCAAAUUUUGAACCUAAGCUAUGUAAUAAAGCGUUUCUACUUGUUACUUUCAA